AUGGCAAAAUCAUCGCUUUGGGACAAGAUUCGCUCUGCUCUCGGAUGCAAACCGGUCGUCUUUGGGCCUCUCCACCCCGACUCUUACCCCGUCUUUAUCACACAUGAUCUUGCCAGUGCUGCAAUGAAUGUCAUUGUCGAUAAGAGCACCGCUUGGCCCAAAGACUCCGAGUACCGCAUCGAGAAGGCCCUUGUCAAUGUGCCCUUGAAGCUUUGCCCUCCUCAAGUCGUCCAUUGCAUGCCCCCUGAGUCAGGAAAACAUCCUUAUGCCGUUUUCAUUGCAGAUGCGAGGUUCCGUCGUACCCCUGAACACCCCGGCGGUGAGCUGGUCGGGAUUGUAACCACGGAGUGGAAUGAGAUUGUUGUGGCUUUUAGUCUUGAGCCCAGAGAUGUCGUUUCUGUUGUUCCUCUCUUGGAUCGUACACAUCAGAAUGAAGGUACUCACUAA